AUGGCAGUCUUGCACGAUCUAGCGCCCGAGCUGGUAGACGUGAUCUUGUUCUUCGUUCCACCUCGACAGCUCCCCGAAAUCUGUCUGUGCAGCCGGUGGCUCAACGACCUCAUCUCGCGCUCUUCUCUCGCACAAUACCGCAUCAAAUGCACUGAAGUAGGCGUUCUCGAGGAUAUACUCCCCGGACCUUCCUACCCAGAACGAUUGUCUGCUCUUCACCGAUACCUAGAAGCAUGGCGCACUCUUGAGGUGCAAAGACGCGUCGAGGUGCAGAUACCAUCUCUGUUGGCGAUGUUGUACGACUUUACGGGCGGCCAUCUGGCCUUGUUGGACUCGAACACAGCUCCUUACAGCUACGCAACGGUGAAACUGCCCAAUGCGAGGGAGGGUGCGGGGAGGUGGACGCAUACUGAAGUGCCAUACGGGAUACUGACUGAGUUCGCUUUCUCCGUCGAGGACCACGAUCUGGCCGUCGCCCUGACGUACAGAGGUGGGCUUCAAGCGGAUCCUCCUCAAACAAAUGCUGCCGGUAGUGCAAUCUGGGUACUGCGGUUCGAGUUGCACUUGCACUCUUUGUCCGGCGGUGAUGCGCAUCCAGCCGCCAUCUUGCCUAUCGUCCCUGUAUGCAACGCCUUCAGUUCCGCGACACUACCAUCCGCGUCUGUCUUGGUAGCGGGCGAGUGUGUGCUCAUCAUGCUCGUCCAUGAGGAUCCGGAGCCAUUCGACAACUCGGAUGACGUCCUAUACUCUGUACACUGGAAGACAGGUGCAGUUCACGAGGUUGCGAGAUUUCCGAGGAAGACUCACAUGGGGCUCGUAUUUCUACGCCACGAUAUCAUACUGUUUUGCAACAUGGAAACGAAGGCAUUGGAGGCCUACGUGAUCUCAUUCGACCCACACACACCACAACUACCCAUGUCGCUCGUCUUCUUAUGCUCCUUGAUCUUGCCCCUUCCUGGCGUCAUCAAUGGCUAUCAGUGUCGCUCAGAGCCCAACGUGCAGUUCCCCACGACGAGUGCAUCCGAGCACCAAACCCGUUACCGGCCCAAGAUACGCAACGAUCCCAAAUAUGCGCUCGUACACUUCAGCAUUCAACACGAUGCAUCUGCGACUAAGCUCGUCGUGCACCGGCACAAGCUGCUCGCCGCAGCCCUCGUGCAACAGGGUAAUCUCAUGGUCCCAUACGAGCAAUGGGGCUGCAAUAUCUGUACAUGGCUCGAGCACAGUAUCGGUGGAUGGAUAACGAAUGUCGACGCUCAGCGCGUGGUUAAAGUGGAACUAGCAGUUGGCGCCCAUCCGGCCGGCGGUCCCUGGAAUAUCAAUGUCUACGAUUUCAAUACUUCUACCGUGCGGCGUACCAAGGAGGAGCUCGGGGACGGACGAAUGGCCACGCUUUGGAAUGGAAGCAUGAUCGAGGUCCACGAAGGGACGAGCGUGCCGAUGCCGCUGCCGGAUGCGCCGGAGCAUAGGCUCGAGUCGCGAGUGCCAUGUGUUCAGACGACGUUGAAGGAUGCUGUGCGCUAUGUCGAUGUCAUGAUCGAUGGCGAAAGAAUAUUGGGACUAUACCGAGGAACUGCAGCUGACUCGAGAUUUACCUUGUUAGAAGUACUGGCGUUUGCGUAG